AUGUUUUAUUUGAGGAAUAAUUUGAUUUUAUUUUAUCGUUUUGCAAAUUAACCAAAGAUGUAUCUUUGAUAUUCUAAUUUAUAGAGCAUUCAUUUCCCAAGAGCAAUUCUUAGGAGAAAUAGGUUAUGUUUUACAUAAAAUUGAAUAAUCAUUUAAUAAACUUAGAGAAUAUGAAAAUAGAAUUGAGAUUAAAACAGAUGCUCUGAAUCUUUGUGUGGCUGUCAAAGAUUUAGGAGAAUAUAAUUUUACAACUAAUGUGAAAGAAAGGAGAUUAUAUCUCUAAACACCAUUUAAUUUAUUCUAGUAUUAUUAUGAUGAAUAAGCAGAUUAAUGGAGAAAUGUUAAAGAUUAACAUAAUAUGAUUGAAAAUUUGACUAGAGAAACAGGAAAAUACUUAAAAGGAUACUUGGAAUUUUGA